AUGACUAGUGAGGAAGGUGCUUCUAGCAAUAGCCCAAAGAGGGCCAAAACUGAAUUCGGCGAUGUCAGGAAAAUUGGUCGAUUCACGGUUGAGACGCAGAGGCUGGUGAAGGUGCUUAUCGUGGAAGCUGAUGACACUCUUCGAGUUCUGGACAAGAUGACCAUAGAGAGCCUCAACUUACCAGUGACAGUCCAAGAAGCAGCAAAUGGAAGUAAGGCGGUCGAUAUGUAUCGCGCCACACCUUUUGACGUCAUCUUUAUGGGCCUAGAAAUGCCGGUUAUGAACGGAAUCGAGGCAACAAAGGUUCUACGAGACAUCGGGGCCAGGAGCAUGAUCAUCGGGAUGGUCCUCAUCACGCUCAACAAUGACGAACUCGUGCAAGCAUUUCAGGAAGCGGGCCUGGAUGAGUGCCGGAGGAUGCCUAUGACUUCUAAUGAGUUCAGAUCCAUCCUUCAGAAGGCGCGGGACAAAAUCUGA